ACCCGCUCUCAUUUUAAUUCAUAACUGUUUUUAAAGCGGCAUGAGCUGGGAUUUUAAAGGGGCGGGCUGUGUGUUGUCUGACGAGUAAAAGCUGUAGCCUAUAGAUCAGAGCGAGGCUUUUUAACCGGGUACAACCAGCUAGGCUUAAAGGAAACAUUUCGUCUUAAAUAGAGCAGAGGUUGCUACCGAGCGAUAAAGGUCUGAAAAGCUACGCAAACAUGAGCGACAAGGGGACAGUCUCACCGAAAGAGAAGGAAGCCACAGAGAAGAGAGGGCGUGGAAGACCCCGUAAGCAGCCGCAGGUAAAAACCUCUGACGAACCAAGUGGGUCCCCUACUCCAAAGAGGCCCAGAGGACGGCCGAAGGGCAGCAAAAACAAGACAACCGGCAAGGGCAAAAAGGCAACGGCAGCCCCAUCUGCAGGGGGAAAACGCAGGGGAAGACCUAAGAAGGAGGAAAAGGAAGAAAAAGCAUCCCAGGAAUCAUCUGAGGAGGAAGAGGAGGAGGACCAGUAAUUCACAACGCAUGCUACCUCACUCAACAUACUGACUUACUGUUAACCAGAACUGGGCUGUAUCUCCAAUGCCAGUGCCACCACAUGACCACUGUUCACGACAAAGCCCCCUUUUGCCAAAGGAGGGUUAACACAGUACAUAUAUCAUGCAACAGCACUGGAUAGAACGAUGGACUUGCUCAAGCAUAGAUCUAAGAAUUACAUGAAAGGUAACAGCCCGUUUCUCUACAUGUCAUGUUAUUACAAGUCUUUUAUACUGGACAAAAAGGUGUUCUCCAAGGAGCCUGGACAUUUCCUCCUUUUUAUUUUUCUCUUUUUUUUAUUUUUAUUUUUUCCUCUCCCCUAAAGGUGGUUUGUAGGAUGUUUUCUCUGCUUAAUGUUACUUAUUUGUUGUACCCGCAUCUGAGAUGGUAGGGCAUAUAGAUUUUUCUCCGUGUUUUGUACUGGACAAAGGUGAAUUUUACCUAUACUUGCUUUUUUUUUUGCUUUUCUUUUUUUUUUUUUUUUUUUUUUCAAAAGUUUUUCUUUUUUGGUUUUGAGUGUUUGUGUGAAGUGGUUAACCUAUCCUUUGCAUUGUAUUCUAGAUGGAGUUGAGCUUCAGCAUUUAGGAUGAGAAUAGGUAACUGAUGGUAGAAGUACCUUUUCCUAAUCUGCAUAACUGACUUCACCCACCCGAUUAGAGGAGAACCAUCUUUAGCCCUCUUCCUGUAGGACAGUUUAGAUUUUAGUGAUGCUUCUCAGACUUCCUUCUCAGUUCUCUGCGUAUAGUGGAGAGAUGUAAAAGUGUAUCAUUAGACUCGAUCUGACUUACUGUUUUGUUUUUGUUCCUUUGGGUUACAUACAUUUUAAAACACGUGUGCUGCUUUUCAUGUUAUAAUAAAACUCUUUCGUAUGUGUUUUUUAAGGUUGGCAGAGUUCUAGGCUUAAAGUCAUCAGUGUCGUUUCUUCAGGGAGCUUUUACAAAUGCUGUUACAUUGGCGUCUUUGUCCUCACAUGGUCCUCAGUUUUCCAAGCCCUCACUCUCAAUCACUUAUAAGGCAAACUGCAAUUGAUCGGACAAGGAGUUUUGAUUGUAACACAGGAUAGUUGGUGGCACUACUAUCCAACAGGGCUGUAUUAUUAUUUUUUUCCCUCAUUCCAUCUAGAUCUCACUGCUUCGCCUAGCUUGGUCCUCCUCUCAUCACUUAGUAUGGUAAUAAUAAAAAGAAACUUUUUCCUUAGUCCUUUGAAGAUGUGUGUUGUAUGCCGUCUGCUAUGGUUAAAGAAAACUUUUGUGUAUUUCUAAGUGUCAGGGAACCCACAGUCACAGUCCACUUAACUGGGUUUUUCCACACACCUAAGCUGCUACAACCUCAGUUACGAAACCCGGAAAACUGCAAACAGGCAAGACAAUGCCUGGAAUUUCAUACCUCACUCAAACUGCUUAUUUUACCAUUUAUUGCAACUGGGUUUUUUUGGGGGUUUUUUUUAAUGUAACCUCUGGCAUGAGUUGACAAUGUUUGUAUAUUUUAUUUUUUUUCCCUCUCCUGACUGUAAUGAGAGAUCCAAGGGGUCGAGUAUGUGAUUGUGUGACGACACAAACACUUCUUGGCUCAUUCAUAACCGGAGCUGGCAGACAGGUUUUUGGUUUGUUUUGUUUUUUUUGUAAAUGUGUGAAGCAAGUCAGGGAGACCUGUCAGCUUGACGACUGUGUUCGCUGACUGUGGUAGAUUAGCAAGUGUGUUUUUAUCCUUUUAAGAAAAAAACUUCUGGUGCACUGAAAUGUUAGUUCAGAUUUUCAUGGACAAAUGUUUGUGAUGGACUGGGCGCUUUUUCCAUGUUCCGUUGGCCACCGUGUGUCUACCACUGCCACACGUAGCCAUCCUCACCGUACUCGUACAACGGUCAUUUCAUGUCCUCUAUCAACUUCCUAGUCUCGACAUCAUGUCAUUUUACAUAGUAACGUCAGUCAUCCGUUGAUUUAUAUACUGUAAACUCAAUAGGAUGGAUCAUUCUUUUUAAUGUACACGUAUAUAAAUGUACAAUGUCUAUAUUUCUAUGGUGCCCUACAACAAUUUGUAUCAGAAAAUGGUCAAUAAAGAGAAUUUUCUUUGUCACUUGUUCA